AUGCACCGACCUUGGACUCUCGGCGUACUUGGCCUAUCAGCGACAUUUGCACGAGCCGCAUUUCCAAGCUACCCAAACGAAUUCGUGCCUCCCAAAGUUCUACUUUCCACCCCGGAAGUAUGGACCAACACAACUCGAGCUGCGCAAGCUAGCAUCGUCAAGUUUGCCGACGAAGUGCUGAGGGAGGGGCCGUGGUCCGUGAUGAAUAAGACGGUCACACCUCCUUCUGGAAAUAAACAUGAUUAUCUCAGUUAUCGGCCAUACUAUUGGCCCAAUUGUGAUGGCAUAGGAAAUACGACCGAGCUGACCCAAGAAGAAAGUAAGGGCUCCCCGAUUAAGUCCGGGCUGUUCCGCAUCGAGCUGACUCCAUGCGGGGCAUCUACAGUAUAUGUAACAUGCCCCUACGAACGCCGAGAUGGGCAAUUCAACCCCGACUAUCGCUCGCAAACGAUUCAGGGCGCGACCAAGCACUCAUGGAUGCCCUCCUCUACGCGCCCAUCGCACACCUCGUCAUCUCCAAAUCCCGAGCUCAAUACGGCUAAACGUCCAGAUGGUGGUUGGGAGCCGACAGGAGUGUUAGAUAUGCACUGGUGGCCGAAAGCGUUGAGCGGGAUUUUAUUGAUGAAGGAGAUGGGGGUUUGGUCCGAGGCGGAUUUGGCGGGAGUUGUCAAUUGGGCAAAAGCGUAUAUUCCGUGGUUGCAGACGAACGAGUUGGCCAAGGCCGAGCGAGCAAGCGAUAACAACCAUGGCUCGUACUUUUUCAACCAGCUCGCAGCACUUCAGAUCUUGGUCGGGGAUUUGGACGGCGCGAAGGCAACUGUUCAAGAUUAUUUUACGGGAAUCUAUAUGUCUCAAAUUGACGAAAAGGGUGAUCAACCCAAGGAGAGUGCUCGUACACAUCCUUACCACUACAGAGGAUACAACCUAUGCGCUAUGAUUAACAGCGCAAGGCUGGCUGAAUUCGUCGGAUACGAUGGAUGGAACGCCAAGUCCUCGUCGGGCGCCGGAAUUCAAACGGCUGCUGACUAUGCCAUGCAGUUUACUCCUGGCCCUGGAGAAGCCGCCAGCGAGCUGUUCCCCCAGAUCGCAGCCGUGGCCGUCAAAUUUGGUGAUCCAUCCGGGAAAUACGCAGCAUUCCUCGCCUCAAAGGACCAAUCCUAUCCAGGUCGCCCGUGGUUCUUGUGGAACCAGCCAUUAUCGGAUUCGGGCCUUGCUGUCAAAUUUGUUCCAGAAGACGAUGACAGUGGAAAUGGGAGUGUUGACCCGGAUAAUAGUACGGCCGGGACUGCAUCGAACAACGCUGUCUUGGGAUUCAAGGUCGACUGGAAAGUAGGUCUGAUGAAGCACGCGUUUACUGCCACCACACUAGCUGCUACGCUCGGUCUUGCAGCCGCUUUGGCUGUUGAGUCUCGACAAAGCUCAAGCUUUGUGAAGACUUCAGGGCAACAGUUUACUCUUGGUGGACAAAAAUUCACUGUCGUUGGGUCGAAUUCCUAUUGGAUGGCACAACUCUCUAGUACUGCUGAUAUUACUACCGCAUUCAAAGACCUCAAGAAUGCUCCAAGUGGAACUUAUUAUCAGAUUUGGAACGGGAAGACCGCCACGCUUAACACUGGGGCCGAUGGUCUUGGAAAGUUCGAUACGGUUGUUGCCCAAGCGAAGGCAGCUGGGAUUCGUCUCAUUGUUCCAUUGACCAACAACUGGUCGGAUUACGGGGGCAUGGAUGUUUAUGUCAAACAAUUGUUGGGCUCCAACAAUCAUGACCUCUUUUACACCGAUGCUACUGUCAAAAAUGCUUUCAAGAAGUACAUUAGCGGUUUUGUUGGCCGGUACAAGAACGAGCCUACGAUCAUGGCCUGGGAGCUUGCUAACGAGCCCCGCUGCAAAGGGAGCACCGGAACGAGCACGGGUACCUGCACCACCAAGACAAUCACCGAGUGGGCCACGGAAAUGUCGAAGUACAUCAAGUCUAUCGCACCGAAUCACUUGGUUGCAAUCGGAGACGAAGGCUUCUACAAUCAACCUGGUGCUUCCACAUAUCCCUACCAAGGCGGCGAAGGUAUUGAUUUUGAUGCUAACCUCAAAAUAUCUUCUAUCGACUUUGGCACUGCUCACUCUUAUCCGGAGCACUGGGGCCAGGAAUCCAACGUUGUUGCGUGGGGUACCCAAUGGAUCAUCGACCACGCUGCUUCGCAGAAAGCUGCCAACAAGCCUGUGAUACUUGAAGAAUUCGGAGUUACUAGUUCCUACAAUCCUUCGAGCACCUAUACUAAGUGGUGGGAUACCAUUGUUUCAAGCGGAUUAGCAGGAGACCUCAUCUGCUGGAAGCACCGUUUCUACUGGAAGACUCACGAUGACGGCUUCACUGUGUAUCCUGAUGAGCCUGAAUACGCCCUUCAAACCAAGUAUGCUGCCGCUCUCAAAGCCCGCAAGUGA